AUGCCUGCACAGCUCAUCGAUAAUCCCAAACCGCAUCAUCAACUCACAAUAUGGUUUGGAAAUAUCGAUGGGACAACAAAAGACGGACAGUUGUGGGCUUCCAAAGAAGGGCGAGGCGGAGAGUGUUGUGGUAGUGGUGAUCAGACCUUUGAUCCCGGGUUCCAGGGGAAGGAAAGUAAGCCCUCACAUGAACGGGGAGCCGCCGGGGAGACUGAUGUACCGAACAUUCCGGCGCCAGCCUCACAAUCACCCGUUAUGCACGAUCCGGAGCUCACCUGGUCAGGUAUUCAUGUCCAUGCUCAUCCGGCCUAUUCUGUCAACUCCCGCCCUCCCGGACGCCUAACGGAUAUGCAACCCGCGACAGAUUCCCUCGAUUGCCCCUCGUUCCUGUCCAUCCAUGUCCAUCCAUCCCCAUUGGUGCGUCAUUUCUCUCCUUUUAUCACUCUGAUCAAGCAGCAGACUGUUUUACAUGUACAUUCCCAUACAUGA